AUGGCCGACGUGGAGCGCCUCGCCAAGCGCCUCAGCUUCAACGAGCACACAGGUGGAUUAAGCCAGAUGGGGGAGCUGCAUCAGGCGGUUCAGGACCUGCGCAGAGCGCAGCAGGAGCUUUCCGGAGACACGCGCCAGCGUGCUCAGGGCAAGCUGCAAGAGGCACGAGUGGCCGUCGACAAUGGAGCGGGCGACAACGACCUCAAGCGCCUGCAGCGCAAGUUCAAUGCUACCAAGGCUUCUUACGUCAAUGUGGAUUUGAAGGAGCGCUUCAUGCAGAGCUUGCGCGAUGGCACAUUGGAUGUCUCCACAUUGGAGAACACCCACAAAGGCCUGGAGGAGCAGCUGCAGCAGGAUGCCGAUUCGCUGCGGGCAUUGAAGGACCAGAACACACAGGCCAGGUCAACCCUGCAGGACACAUCAGCACAGAUUGCCACCAUGCACCAGCAGUUUGAGCAGGUCAUGGGUGAUGUGGCGGCCCAGCUGGACAGUUUGGAGCGAACUCUGCAGCAAUUUGAUGCGGCACGACCGCCUCCGCUGGAGCCCCUGGCGCAAGGCCCUGACCAGGCGAUGUGUGACAAGCUGCUGCAGGACGAGAUGGCGCGCGCCAAGCGGCUGGAGGCGGCCAUAGCCAGCAGCGAGGCGGUCAUCCACGAGGCGGAGCCUGCGGUGCGGGGCGGCAACCAGGAGCUGGCGGCCCUCCAGGAGGAGGUGGCGCGCGUGUCGUCGCUGCAAGCCGAGAGCGCGCGCACCGCCGGCGCCGGCGCCCAUCUGUCGCGCGCCGCCAAGUGGGCCGAGGCGGCCGCUGCAGCCGUAGAGUCGCUGGGCGGCGUCGGGAUCUCUUCCAUUGAACCGGACAGACUGGUCGUGCUGAUCACCUGCCGCGUGCCGACAAGCCUGGCGGCAGACGCCCCCCUCAGGGAGCAGCGCCACGAGCUGGCGCUGCAGCUGCGCCCGGGCGGCGCUGCGCUUGCGUCCGCACGGCUGGCGCCUGCCACAGUGCCGAUUGACGACGUGGUGGCGGCGGCGAUGGCCAGCGGCGGCGGCGGCGUGCGCACGGUGGUUGGGCAGGUGCAGCUGCGCCUGCUGCAGUAUUGGUCCCUGCAGGCCCUGGUCGAGGCGGCCGCGGAGCGCUUCCCCAUUGUGCGCAUCGAGCAGCAGCAGCAGCAGCAGCAGCAGCAGCAGCAACAGCAGCAUGGCGCGGGCGGCAGGGUGCUCGAGGCAUCGCUGCCGUCGUGGCCAGGGCUCAGGGUGCAGGUCGCGGUGCCCGCCGACUGGCCGCGGCUCGUGGCUGGCGGCGGCGAGGGGCUGCGCCUGGCGGGAGCGGCGAGCGGCGCGGGCGUAGACGCAGCGGCGCUCAUGGCAGCGGUCAACGGGGACGCGGCGCUGGCGCGUUGCGACUUGCUGGGUUUCUUGGAGGGCGUGUCUGACAGGACGGAUGCACUGGAGGCGGCGGCGGCCGCAGCCACGGGCCCAGGCGCCUGA